ACGGAGCCUGAUCAGUCCAAGGGCCAGCGCCAAGUUGUUAGGAGCAAAAAUACCGGAAAGUUACACCGUGUGAUCCGAAUGGCCGAAAAUUACCCGGAGAAAUAGAGAAAACUCAGCAAUCUUCCAAACGCUGAAAUAUAAUGGAAGAAAAUGUGGAAUGGAAAAAAGCUCACUACGCUUUUAAGUCGCGGUGGGACAGAACUGACGAUGAUAUGUGCCGCCACAGCAUGUCUUUCUUCCUCCAUAAAACCAUUAGGAAUGACUUCUUUUCGAGUUACCUCUUUCUCUUGGAGCAGUUGCCUUUAGUGAAGCUGUUCACUUUGACAAGUGAAGUGAUUAAUGGUGAAAUGCAGUUCUACUCCAGAGCUAGACGGUUCUAUGAAGAGGUUCCAGCAACAGAGGAGGGUAUGAUGGGAGACUUUUUGGAACUCAACAGCAUAGAUGUGGAGGCCUCCAGUGUGUUUCUAAGGAAGCUUGUAGGAGGUCCAGGAAAAGCUGAUACCAAAUAUGCCUUGGAUUGUGGCUGUGGAAUUGGCAGAGUCACUAGAUAUGUCCUGCUGCCAGUUUUCUCCUGUGUUGAUGUGGUGGACAUGAUGGAUAACUUUUUAUUUGAAGCUCUUUCCUACAUAGGAAAAGAUGUGACAAAAGUGAAGGAUUAUUUCUGCGUUGCCUUACAGGACUUCACACCCCCCAUCAAAAAAUAUGAUGUUAUCUGGAUUCAAUGGGUGACAGGACAUUUAACUGAUAAGGAUCUGAUGGAAUUCCUAAUCAGAUGCAAAUGCAGCUUGAAGGAUGAUGGUGUUAUUAUCAUUAAAGAUAAUAUUGGUCGACAAGGAUGCAUCCUGGACCAAACGGACAGCAGUGUGAUCCGGGAAAUUGAGAUACUGAGAAACAUCAUAGCAAAAGCUGAUCUGGAGAUUAUCUGUGCAGAGAAACAGCUUAACAUCCCUGAACAGUUGGUACCUGUUUGGAUGUUGGCCUUGAAGUAGUAAUUCAUUCUGACUAGCUUGCUAACCUUAAUCCAUUUAACUAAUUAAGCCAAGAGUUCUUGGAAGGAAAUUCUGCAAUGUAUUUAUAUGUGUAAUAGUUACCACUGGAUAAAGAUGUUUAUUGAUCUAUGA